UUUACCCGUCUUCACCUUUCACAUCAACAUAAACCAGCAAAGAGUGAGUGACUCUCUGUGACUGUUUUUCGCAGCAAUGGCGUUUUCUUCAUCAUUCCAUGAACGACUCGAACAAAUGGACCGUACUCGAAUUCAACGUCUCUCCUUACUCCAGGCUGAGAAAGAUUUGCAAGCUCACAAAUCUCGUAUUCUAGCCGCAAAGCUUGCAAAUAUCAGAGCCAUGGAACAGAGGUGCUUGCUGUUUGAUCGUAAAAUAGCGUCGCAGAAUUUCAAUAUUCUGUCUCUUAAAUCUCAAAUUGAGAAUCUCGAAGCCAAAUAUGAUUCCCUCUCGCAAGAACUUAGGUCAAUGCAGAACGAGGUGGAGGAGCUUGAAGAGUUGUGCAAAACGAAAGAUGAAUUUUAUGAAGCAAAGACGAUGGAAAUGAAGGAAUUCAAGGAAAUGGCUUAUAACUUUGUAGUGAAAUGUGAAUUGGAAGUUCAGAGUUUGAGGAAUGAAGUCAAUGAGCUGAAGUCUUCUUUCAUGGAUCUUAAAGGCAACAAAAGGAACUCAUGUAAUUCGGAGAUAGCUGCUGCUGAAGCGAGAAGGAUGAGAUUAUUGGCCGAGAAGGAAAAUGUAUGUAGAAAUGUUGAUUCUAACCAACAAUUAAAAGCACAGUUGCAAAAGCAGCUUCAGAGUAUUCUGUGACACCAGCAAACUCAAGAUAAGGGAAUGGACUUGAAGACUACCUAGCUGUAGACUUUGUAGUAGUAACUUUAUGUUCUGAUUACGCAACCCAUCGUCACUGGGUAUAACUCACACUUCAUUCUUAGUUCCUUUGUUUCAGCUUUUAGGGGCUUAGCCAUUAAUUCAAUAGUAUUAGUAUAGAAAAAGAAAGAAUGUUCUGUUGACACUGGUCCGGAAGAGAGACAGACCGAGUCAGCUAAUCCGUGUGAGCAAAAGUUUAGCAUUAGAA